AACUCGAUCAGAACCAGAGCCGACAGCAAGCCAGUGAUCCCCUGAUCACGAUGCUUUCUUCUCCAUUCUCCCAUGUACCAUUCCUUCUCGUCCCCUUCCUCCUCCUCGCACUCAUCUACCUCUCCGUCUCCCCCAACGACCACUUCAGCCUCCGGUCGGCGUUCGCGCCAUGCAACACCAACAGCAACGCACCAGCCCAACGACCCGGCGCCGCCGACGUCGACCUGCGCGUGCUCCUCGGCGUGCUCACCCUGCCGUCCUCCUACGAGCGGCGCGCGCUCCUCCGGCUCGCCUACAAGCUCCAGCCGCCGCCCACCGGCGCUACCGUCGACGUCCGCUUCGUCUUCUGCAACGUCGCCAAGGAGGAAGACGCCGUGCUGGUGGCAAUGGAGAUCAUCGCCUAUGAUGACAUCCUCGUGCUCAACUGCACGGAGAACAUGAACGACGGCAAGACCUACGACUUCUUCUCCGCCGUCCCCAAGCUCUUCGCCGAUCAAGUGCCGUCCUACGACUACGUGGGCAAGGUCGACGACGACAUCUACUACCGCGUGUCCCCCCUCGCCGACGCUCUACGGAGCAAAGCUCGCCGCGACGCGUACUACGGGUUCGAGUGGCCGUGUGAGCCGGAGACGAGGCCCGGCGACGAGCGGUUCAUGGUGGGGUGGGGCUACUUCGUGUCGUGGGACGUGGCGGCGUGGAUCUCGGAGACGGAGGAGCUCCGCGGCGCCGCCAAGGGCGCCGAGGACAUGACCUUCUCGCGGUGGCUCCGUCGUGGCGGCAAGGGGAAGAACAUGUACGGGGAGAAGCCGUCCAGGAUGUACGACUACCUCAACGACGGGUGGGGGGAGAAGGCUGCGUGCUUCCGGCAUAACUUCACGGCGGACACCGUCGCCGUGCACAAGCUCAAGGACCGCCGCCAGUGGGCUCGGGCGCUCAAGUUCUUCAACGCCACGCAGGGGCUCAAGCCUUCCAAAAUGUACCAUCUAGAUCUGUGAUUGUGAUUCUGUACUGUAUGCCGUCGAUCAUUCUGUGGAUCGUGAAGACUGAUCCAAGUGGAGAUUUGAUUAAUUUUGUUCGUGCA